AAUCUACAACAAUUGUCUAUAUAAACUCGCUUAGAAUGUCUUAUUUAGAACCAAGAAUUACCAAAGAAAACAUACGUACUUCUCAUUGUUAAUUUAAACUCCAUACUACAGAAACAGAAAGAUGUCAUCUUGCCAAGCACCCAUGCCCGGCUGCCAAGGGAAGAAAUCAUGGCCUGAACUAGUUGGAAAAGAUGGGAACGAGGCAGCAGAAAUAAUCAAAUCUGAAAACUGUUUCGUGAAGCAGACUCCCGUCCUACCAGAGGGUAGCCCUGUUACUAUGGACUACAGGUGUGACCGUGUUCGAGUUUUUGUUGAUGCUUGUGGGAAGGUGGUCCAAACUCCCAGCAUCGCAUAAGCUAAAAUAUGCUAUGGACAACGUAUACAAAAAUGUGCACUACUUAAUUUUAUAUUGUAGUAAAUAAAGUGUACUCGAAAAAUUGAUAUACGUUGCUUUGUCCAUGUAUUUAUGUACUAUCUACCGUUAGGUAGUGAUCAUUUGAUGAAUCGAUAACAUCAAUAUAUGAUAAUAUAUGUUUGUUUCUA